CCACAAUGCUGCUGCCGCACCAGCCCGGAAGUGAGACGUUUAUUGACAAUAUGGCUGCUGAACUGGGUCAAAAUCUGAAGUAAAUUGUAAUUUGACAGCACUCUGCGGCGCCGGGACAGCAACUCAAUUCCCCCCAAAGAGUGCGCGAACACAUGCAUGUGAAUGACGGGAGCCACGAACGCACGGCAUGGUGUCAGUGAGCUGAGGAAACGUCCAGAGCGUCAAAGCCGUCAUGUCGUUUUUCAAGAGGAAAGCCAAAAGCAAAGAACCUGAGAGAGUGACUGAUGCUAAAGUUAACCGAGCUUCGGUCAGUCCUCAGUCUCCAUCAGCAGGCCUGAGGAACCACCAUGCCAUCCAGGAAGCUGCAGGACCGAGCCAUGUGGCCAUCAAUGCCAUCUCUGCCAACAUGGACUCUUUCGCCCGCGGUCGCACUGCUAUCCUCAAGAAGCAGCCGAGCCACAUGGAGGCUGCACACUUUGGCGAUCUUGGUCAUUCCAGCGUGAACUACCAGCCCCAGGAGACCCGCUCUCGGCUUUCUAAGACUGUGGACCAAGUCCUUCGGGACAACGUGGCUAUUCCCCACUACAUGCAUUUUAUGGAACUCCGGGCCGCUGACCACCUGGUUCGGUUCUGGUUAGAGGCUGAGAGUUUUCGCGCCACCAGCUGGUCUCGCGUCAGAGCUCACAGUCUGAACUCCGUCAAACACAGCGCACUGGCCGAGCCCGUCCCUUCGUCUCCAGAUGGCUUGGAGCUUCCGGAGACAGCCUCUCACAAACCCAGCGUCCUCUCCCGGGACAGUAGCAACGAAGGACCUGCACAGCCGUCAGAGCGGCGAGACUCUGCUACAGAAGCGGGCUUGAGACCUGGCACGCCUCGAGCAGAAACCCCCAGCAAGCAGGCACCCUCCCGGACAGGGACCCCCUACAAGGGGCAGGCAAACAGCACCCUGCGAGACCUCUCAGACAAACUCAUGAAAAGUAUAGAGAAAGAUGCUGUUGUCAUCUUUACAAAGUACAUCUCUCCAGAUGCUGUGAGGCCCAUCCCUAUCACAGAGCAGAUCAGAAACGACAUUGUUGCUAAAAUAUGUGGGGAGGACGGCAUGGUGGACCCAAACUGCUUUGUCAUCGCACAGUGGGUGGUAUUCACCAUCUUGGAGCUACAGCACUUUAGCGAGUUCCUGCGGAGCCAUCAUUUCUGUAAAUACCAGAUUGAAGUGUUGACCAGUGGCUCUGUGUUCCUGGCUGACAUCCUGUUCUGUGAGUCGGCUCUCUUCUACUUCUCUGAGUACAUGGAAAAAGAGGAGGCGAUGAAUGUACUGCAGUUCUGGCUUGCGGCAGACAACUUCCAGAAUCAGUUAGCAGCCAAAAAAGGCCAGUACGACGGCCAAGAGGCUCAAAAUGAUGCCAUGAUCCUUUACGACAAGUAUUUUUCACUCCAGGCUACCAACCCUCUGGGCUUUGGCGACUCGGUGCGGAUGGAGAUCGAGUCGAACAUCUGCCGAGAGGGAGGACCCCUCCCUGACUGUUUCACCACUCCACUUCAGCAAGCCUGGACAACUAUGGAAAAAGUCUACAUGCCAGGCUUUCUGUCCAGCAACCUUUACUACAAAUACCUGAGUGACCUCAUCAACUCUGUGCGGGCGGAUGAGUUUGUGAAUGUCACCAGUCAGAGUGGAUCAGUGGACACCGACCGCUCGAGCUCUAAUGCCAGCGAGGCCGCUCAGACUCAGCAAAGUGCCAAAAAGGCAGCAAUCAAGAUCCUGAAAAACUUUGACGAGGCAAUUACAGUGGAUGUUGCCAGCCUGGACCCUGAGACCCUGUACCAGCGACCGUAUGCUGGAAAGAUGACGUUCGGGAAGGUGAAUGAGCUGGGCCAGUUUAUCAGAGAGGCAGAACCUGAGCCGGAUGUGAAGAAAUCCAAAGGUUCCAUGUUUUCUCAAGCCAUGAAGAAAUGGGUCCAAGGCAACUCAGAUGAGGCUCAGGAGGAGAUGGCAUGGCAGAUCGCCAAGAUGAUUGUCAACGAUGUUGUCCAUCAGUCAGGUCACGACAGCCCCGGCAAGUCCACUAAGCUAUGACCCCACUGAGGAACCAAAGGACUGUUACUCCCUGAAGACAGUGAACACACCAGUGACAAACUGUAUACAUGGUUCACCCUGCAAUGAUCUACGUUAACCGAGAACAAAGAAGGCGUUUUGUCACCUCAUCAAUGUGUGUACAUGUCGGCGUGGGUGAGUGACUGUUUACGCAUGGACUAAUGGAAAACUUGAAGUGCAUCCGUGUUCCAGACCUUAAACUCCAUAACACUAUAAAGGCGCAUGUGUAGUCACCAAAGGUAAAACAAAGACAAGUGCUUGAAUCGAUGGGCAGUCACUCCUGAGGAAACGGUGAACGUGAUGCUUGAAGAAAGCCGACACGGAGAACCAGCGUUUAUCAGAACUACUGUCUGAUCUCAGACACAACACAACAAAGACUGAACUAUCCUCAUGACAUGACUCCCACACCUUUUUAUAACAUUCCUUGUUUUUAGAUUAAAUACUUUCCUAGAGUCAGAUACUUAAGGGUAAAGCAGAUGAGAGCCCGAGGUUUGGAAAGUUGUGCGUUUUUCCACAUACGCUUCCCUCAACCUGCCUGGAGUUGUUUAGUUUGCUGUUCACUCAUGUGAGCUGUCUAUCUUGGCUGUUUACGUACUGUAGAACACGUGGAAAUGUGACCGUGAAAUAUAGGAGGAGCUCAUUCAGGUCUCGGACUGUCUGACCUUCUGUGUGAACCUCCUGGCACCUUCACAGAGCCUAGAAGAAAUACUCCCUAAUGAACUGAAGUGCUUCAGUUGUGUUGGAGAACUCCAUCAUAUAUAAAUAUAUAUAAAUAUAUAUGUGUGUGUGUAGAUUUCUGGUUUAUCCCAUAUAUUAAAAAUAGACUUUUUUUAUGGUGACCGCAUUGAAACACAUGAUAACCAGACUGUUCAACUGGAAAAUGUAUUCAUUGGAUUCAACUUUUUUUUUUUUUUAAUUUACUUUAUGUUCAGCCUUAUCAAGAUGUGGAAAAGAACCAGGAAAGACUCUUGGUACUAUGUACCACUAAUGUUUUCUGACAUGUAUGUGUACUUAAUCUAUAAUAUAUUUAAUUGUGUUUGAUUUAAAUACAUAUAUUAUAAAAAUG